CUUGCCAUGGGGUGCGGACUUAGAAAAUUAGAAGACCCUGAUGAUAGCAGCCCGGGAAAAAUAUUUUCGACACUGAAGAGACCACAAGUGGAAACAAAGACAGACUUUGCUUAUGAAUAUGUAUUGCUGGAUUUUACUUUAGAAGCUUCCUCAAAUCCAGAAGUUAUCAAGAUCAACUCAAUUCUGGAUAUAGUACCAAAAGUUGAAGAAUAUUACAUUAAAGGCUAUAUUGUAGGAGCUGUUCACCCUAUUAUAUUAUCUUUUGGACGAAGAAGACACUUGCCAGCAAGCCAUCUGUAUAGAGUUGUACUGUCUCGCUUAAAAUUAAGCCAGACCCAGACAACACCCAAAGGACAAAGUCGACCCAGGCUCGUAAUUGAAGAAUGUCCCUUGACGAAUGAAAUUCUAACAAAUGAAGGAGCUAAAGGAUUGGUAGAAAAGAUAAAUGAAGGUGCUAAAAGAGGAAUGAAAUUUGUUGGAUUUGUAACACAACAUUGUACUCAGUCUAAAGUUUGCAAUGGCACCAGCCCUGAUGGAGAUGUAGAACCAGAGUCAAUCCUGUACAAAACUCAAGAACAUCAGAGACACAAUUCAGAUGAAAAUUGUAAAACUUGGAAUGAAGGAACUUUGAGUGGGCAAUCUUCUGAAAGUGGAAUUGAAGAAGAAAUUCAUCAUGAAAGUGGACCAUGGCAAAUGGGAAGAGAAGGAAGUCCUAUUCCCACUAAAUCAAGAAAGGGAGAAGAUAGUAAAUUAUAUACAGUCUUCAAUGUUUUUGAUGAUGAAUCAACAUGCUGGACCUAUCAGGAAGGCAUUCUAUCAAUGAAAGUCACAAAAAAAGGAUCUGUAAUUAGCACACUGGAUGCUGACUGGCUAGAGCUGACUACAUUUUAUUAUAAACAAGGAUUGUCCUUAAUCGAUUCUUUUGUAUCCUGGGAAACUUCUAAAGAUCAUUUGUCCAAAUCUUUGGAAGGAUUAUUUAUAUAUGAAGAAGAAGGUUCUGGAGUGCCAGAUGCUAACAGGAAAGGAAAUGAUGCUAUUGUUGUAGAACAAUGGACUGUCAUUGAGGGCUGUGAAAUUAAAACUGAUUAUGGUCCUCUACUGCAUACUCUGGCUGAAUUUGGAUGGCUUUUGACGAGUGUACUUCCGACACCCAUAUUAAGACAUGACAGUGAAGGGAAUUUGGCUACAAAGCAGGUUGUAUUUCUUCAAAGGCCUAUUAUGUGGAAUUCAGCAGUACAAACACCAGAGAAAAAAUCCAUGAGGCAGAUAAAAACAAGAGAAGAGAAAAGCAAACUAACUAGCCGGAGCAUUGGGCUAGACACAGCUACUUCUUGCCCUGCAGAAAGCAGACACUGGUCUGAGGAACAUCAUCUCUCUCCUUCUCAAGAUCCUUGGGCCAGAGAAGGGACACCAGCACCCUAUGGCAGCUUUUCAGGAGUCAGCAGCAGCGACAGUGUCCUGAGGGAAUUGGAUGAUGGACAAUAUGAUCAAGAGGAUGGGGUGACACAGGUCACUUGUAUGUGAGGCGGGAGAUACUUAAAUUCAAAGGAUUGUAAAUAAUUACAGAAAUUUAAUUCAAUGCUGAAUUGAGGACAUUACUUCAUAAACUUAGAUGUAAUGUUCUGUGUUUCUCCAGACAUAUGUAUUUUUCUCCUCUGUGCUGGCUUUGGCUCUUGCCUCUAAAUGCAGAAGAUCUAUUAUUAGUAAAUUCUUUAAUUAGGGUUGUGUUUAUAUUUCUCUUGUCAACUAAGAACAUCUGUUCAAAAUGAGUUGUCAUUAGUGUAUCAAGAAAUAAUGUCCUUCCAUUUUUCAUCUUUUUGUGCAUUACAUCCCUACACAUUUCCUAGUUAUACUUACAUCAGUCAACUACUCUUCCAGAAUAAUAGUCCUUUGGAAAACUAUUCAUCAUUGCCCCAUAUCUCACAAAGAGUUCCUAAAUUAAAGAAUUUUCUAGUAGUUAUUUUCCUAUAUGUAGAAAUUCAUCAAUUUAUCUUUAGUUGCAACAUAUAUGUAUUUUAUAGCAACCCCUACUCAUUCGGAUAUUUGUUAAAAAAAAAAAAAAAAAGUUCCUUUUUGUACAUCUUUGCUUCUAAAAGAAUGCCAUAUUAUUAAAUGAUUUCAUUUACCUGAGACACUGUUUCCCUAGACAUCCAGAAAAUAACCACAGCAGAAUGCUAUUCACUUAUGCUCAAUACAAAAACAACCUACAGUCUCAAAAUAAAGGGAGAAAUGGGUGGGAAUUUAGAGAUAAUUUCUCUUUAUUAAAAAUUUGGACAAAAAAAAACUAAGCAACAAAUAAUAAGUAAAGCCUUUGUCUUUACAAUUUGAUAACUUACUGCUUUUCUUCUUUUUUUUCUAAAUAAAGAAAUCUUUAAAACUUAAAA